AUGAAUUAUGCUGUUUUAACUCUAUUUUUCACAAUUUCCGUAGUCUUAGCUGAGCAAAAGCUUGGAUUUGUUUUUGAAAUAGUAAGACACGGUGCUCGUGCUCCUCUUUUAGAAGAACCUAAGGGCUUUUUCAAAGUUGAUGCUGGUAUGCUUACUGCCUAAGGUAUGAGAUAGAGAUAUUUACUAGGGAGAUUUAACAGGGAGAGAUAUAUAGAACAAUAUGGCUUGAUUGCUAAAGAAUACAACCCAAGUUAAAUAUAAAUAUCUUCAACAAACUAUCUUAGAACUAUUUAAAGUUCUUAUUCAGAGAUGAUGGGCUUAUAUCCACCUAACUCUAAUAUCUAAAAUAAUCUUUCUAAAGGAGAGAUUUAAUCUCUAAAAUCUGGAAAAGGUUUACCAAAAUUAAGCAGAUUAAUCAAAAAAGGGAAAAUUGAAUAAGUUUCCUAAAUAUUUGACAGAUAUACAUUUAUUCCUGUCUAUAACAGCUAUAAUUUACCUAUAAAUGAUGAUGUAUCUGAAUAUACUUGUCCUUAUACAAGAGACUGUUUUAACUAUUACUAUACCACUCCUUCUGAAUACACCUAGGAAAGCUAGAUUGUAAUUCCAUUAAUGAGAAAACAUUUAGGCUAGACUUUCAACCUAACUGCUAAUGAAAUUAAAAACAUAGAUUACUUAAAAUUCUAUUAAUAUGCUGACUUCAUUUAUUCUGUGACUUUUGAGGGUCAUCUCAACAUUUUCAAUUUUUCAGCAAUAGAAUGGUUCUAUCUGAAAUAAUCACAAAAAAUAGUAAUUUCUAAAGGCUUGAAUAAAAAAGCCAAGAGGUUAUAUGGCACAAAAUUCUUCAGAAAGCCACUAGAAGCAAUGGCUAACAGGUUCAAUGAUUUGAUAAAUGGUAUUGAUGACCCAAAUUAGCUCAGAUAUAUGAUUUAUUCUGGCCAUGAUGACCAAAUUAUCAACAUAAUUGAUUGGCUCAAUCCUCAAGAUCAUUAUUAUGUUGAGACCCCUUAUGCAUCAACCAUCAUCUUUGAAUUAUUCUAUGAUACUGAGUGUUUGAGAGCGAGUCCAAAGAGUCCCUCUUGCUUUUAGAUACAAAUAAGACAUAAUGGAAAUCCAAUAAAAUUUGAUAGAUGUGUCACCAAUAAUAUGAAAGCUGGAUCCAGAUAAAUCCAUUGUAAAUAUGAUGACUUCUUAGCAUAUAUGAAUUCUAAGAUGAUAAAAGAUGAUGUAAAUACCUAAUGCAUGGAAAAGUUUAUCCCAAAAUAAUUGCUUUUAAAAAAACAUAAAUUUUAAUGA